GUUUAGCAAGACAUCCGUGGAAAAGAAACAUCGAAAUUCACUCCUGGUUGCAUCAAAUCAAGGAUAUUUCUAGGAUUUCUACUAAAAUAUACGCUUCUUGCUUUGCUUUUCUCAGCCUUUUUACUUAGAAGUAGUUCAAAUUAGUAUUUAUUAGUUUUGAUUGGAGGUAAGAACUAUUUGUUUACAAGUGGCUUCUUGUCGCUAAGUGUGAGAAAAAACAUUCCUUUUUGCUAGAUUUGGGCAUUUUAUCUCUAGAACUCUGCCUGGCUCACCCACAAGUUUAUUUACGAAGAGCAACAGCACGCUCAUGAGUUAUAAUUAGUCAAGCAAUGGGCUAACUAAGUGAUGAUAAUGUGAUAAGUGACAAGAACGAAAGUUGUGGAAACACGAGAAGUUGUUGUGGGGUGUUCUUGAGAUGUCAUCUAGAGAUUGCUGUGCAGAGUGUUAAGAAGAGAGAUCAUGUCUCUGCACACACGUAUUAAUGGAUUCACGGCCUGGGUGAACCUGCGCCUGGCACCCACUGGUUACCUGAUGCACAACAUCUUAACGGAUUUGUUGAAGGGGUACAACAUGAAGAUGUUACUUGAGAGUUUGACUGGUCGGCCAUUUGACAAAUUGCAAAGUUUUGAAGGUUUGACACAGACACAAAAGACGACCAGAGUGGAGUGGAUCGUGAAGGAGCUCAAGACUGUGAAAAUUAUUCCCAAAGAUACAUAUGUAGAUUCCAGAAUGUUUGCAAUGAGAGCUGCAGAACAGGUGUUUGACCUUCUGUGGUGUCUUGUUUGCCAUGACAUCUGGUAUGUCUGGGAGCGAUCUGAAUUCCUCCAGAGAGAGACAGGUGCUCAACUGGUUGCUAAGCCUUUUUCUUGGACUCCCCCGCCCCCUCCCCCCAAGACACCUACCCACAAGGUAGAGAAGGACUUGAUGCUAGGGUUUGGCCCACGCUCCCUCCGCCGCACACCCAUCUCUACACCAGAGUCUUCCCCCAGCCCUACUACCACUGAAACUACAUCAGAUGAGAUGGUCAGUAAGCGUCGACGGACCAGGAAUUACCCAUCCCCGGAGUACUGCAUUCUGGACAUGGUCAAUGCACAUCUGAGAAUGACAAGGGAAGGGCGCAAGCUAACUAGAGGAGUAAUGAGCAUCGAUGAUCUUACGGACAGCAGAGUACUUUGUGCGUUGGUGAAUUCCUUUGUCCCAGAAACAUUUACAACAGAAAUCCUUCUAAACGAUAGGUGGACAAUCAACCUUGCCCUACAGACAGCAAACCAAAUGUUUCACUCAUCAAAUCCAUUCGAUUCACAGGACCUUGUCGAGGGAGAUGUGAUGUCGGUAUGUGCGUAUUUCGCGUUCUUUUUCAUGAGUGGUUACAAGUUUAUCCAAUCACGGGCGAUGCUAAAACGACUGGAUGAAUUGAACGUGUUAAAGAUCGGUGUCAAGGAUGAGCUCGAGCAGUUCCCCGAACUCGUCACGGUCAUGAAGGACCUCAAACGACAGAAGGAGCUUGAAAACAUCAUUGUGGAGUAUGAUCAAGAAAUUACGAUCAUUGAACAGAACUAUGACGUCACUAAAUGUGCAGCAUGGGUCAAACAGGUGGCCGAGAUACAAAAUAAGUGUCGAGCCGCCGUAUCUAAUAAAAUUGUGCAGCGAUUUGACAUCGUCAAGGUGCCCAGGAAUGUUACCAUUAAUGAUCUAACAGUCAACAUGGUCAUCAACCUGAGUUUGACGUGUGGGACUGGGUUCUACAGCAGUAAGGCGAACGAGACCGUGUGGAAAGGCCGCAAGCUGGUUAUUAAGGACAAGAAGACAGGGAUUUUCUACGACGACUUUUCGGGGAACUCCGACGGUAAAAUGUCAGUGCGUCAAAUGCUGGGCAUCGAUGAAGUAAAUGUGGAGGAAGUUAAUGCCACGACCUAUCCGGAUCUGGAGAUAUUCUUUGAAAGUCCAUCACGAAACAAGACCUUGAAAGCCGGAUCACUGUUUCUUUACCAGGUAUUCCCUGGUACCACCACUCAGUGCCAGAGGCUGCUGUUUAAGGCGGCCAAGACUGGCGAACUGGACAUUGUACAGAAACUGGUUGCUUUUUUCCACUCUGAUAAGUCGUUUGUGAACUCGCGUGAGCACAGUUCUGGUAACACUGCCCUACACAUGGCAUGCAGACACGGGCAUUUUGAUAUCGUCGAGCACUUGUUGGAAAACGGAGCCGAAGUGGACUCGCUCAACAAUCAGCUCAACACUCCGUUCUUUCUCGCCACAGAGAGCUUACACAAAGACAUAGGGCAGCUGCUGAUCGAAUGGGGGACCGAUGUCAAAAGGCGGAACCGUAACAGCAAGACUGCAUUUGACCUCAUGAGGCACUAUGAGCUGAAAAUCUUUUGGGAAGCCAAGUCUCAGCAGUGGGCGGAGCUGGUGCCGAGACUUAUAUCCGGGGACUUGAAUGCUCUUGCUGACGUCAUAGCCGCUCAUCACAGGCGUGAAACCGUCAUGGCCAGCCUCAAGAGCAGAUGUGUCAGCGGUAGUACGCUUCUUCACACAGCUGCGUUUUUUGGCGCCAUUCACAUUAUCAAGUCGUUAUUCGCCGAAGGUCUGGAUGUGAAUCUUGUUGACUACAAGGGAGCCUCGCCCUUACACAGGGCAAAGGAUUCGGACACUGUCGAGCUUUUACUGGAGGCUGGCGCGAAUAUCGACUGUGUGGACCAUGACGGGAACACCCCGCUACACGUGAAAUGCUACGGAGAAACGGGAGAGCCGACCGACCUCGAGUGCAUCGAGAAGAUGCUGAUGAAGGGAGCUCCAUUGACGAUAAGGAACGAUAGGGGUCUGAUGCCCAUCCAUUGUUGUGCUAUGCAAGGUCGUGUUGACUCCAUACAAGCGCUACUUCUCUUUGAUAGCGACGGCCAUAUAAGGAGAAGCCUCGAUAUGGAAGACGAGUGCUCUCCCCCAAGCUUGCUCCACCUCGCGGCAGCUAAUGACCACCUGGAAUGUGCUGAAUGGUUGUCUUCGAAUGGAUUUGAGUUCAAGGAGAAUGAGACUGAUAUCUUGGUCCACAAGAUACUACUGGAGCAGAUUCCAUGCUCCAAGCGCGUGGAGACAGUUCGCUUUCUACUUCGACAAGGAGCGUCAGUAAACCCCACAUACAGCGCGGGAAACACGGCCCUUCACCUGUCCGCGGGUCUGUCUAACGCGUCUGAUGUACUUGAGCUGUUCAUCUCAUUUGGAGCGGACGUUGACGCCGUAAAUAACGACCUCUGUACCCCUCUCUUCUACGCGACACAAGCGAACAACAUGUAUGCGGCCAGCAUGCUGAUAGAGCAAGGAGCAAACGUUCGAAUGAGGAACCUUCAGGGUCUAACUGCGUUCGACUUCAUCUCUGACUUUGAGGAGUGGGUAGACUGCGGAUACUUUACCGAGGAGGUCAAAGCGAGGCUCAAGGCAUACAGCCUGAAACACGCGCGGAACCUGGUACGAGCCAUCACCAAGAAAGUGCAGGGACACUCCAUGGCAACCACCAAGCCACAGUCCCAUCAUGCACUUGGCACCCGGCCAGGCCAGGUGCCCAUGAUCCUCCCGCCAAUCAACAAGAACGCGUCGUACUGACGUCAUUAGAUCAAUUUUAGAAUCAAUUUGCUUUAUGACGUCAUGUAGAGUGGUGACAUCAUUUAGACUCUGACGUCGUACAAGAAUUGAAGUGAUACGAUUUAUUGAUGACCGUGGGGAGUGAAAACAGAUGCUUUAGGUGCGUAAGAUCACUGGGCCUGCACUAGCGUACGUUUGUGUUCAUUUGUACAAAAUGUAUGUAGUGUAAUGUAAAACAUUUCUACAGCUAAUAGAAUAUUUUUCAAUUACAAUAAACGAAAUCAACACGC